AUGGCCACCCUAAUGGUACACGGUUUUGUCCAAAUAUGGAGCAGGAAGAUGGGGAUGUCUAGGUCCAAAGAAGCACACAUUGAAACAGUAGAAAGAAAGAAGAAGAUCAAACUGGUGGUGUAUUUCACCACUGGAGAACAUGUAACUUUUCGACUAAGUAAUAAUAUUAAAAACGUGGUCCUUAGAUCAUAUGGAGAAAAGCAAAAUCACCUGCACUUAACUUUCCAAAACAAGAGCUACUUGUUUAUUGAAAGAUUAUCUUCCAGAGAUGCUGAAGAGUUGAAGAUGUUCCUGGAUAGAGUCCAUCAAAAUAAUAUUCAGCCAUCCACGAGACCUGGGAGGGAUGGAGGUAUCUUUGCCAGCAUGACAACACCGAAGGAAAUCAACAAAAACUCAUUCCACAAAGCACGCAAAAAGCCAAAUAGUGGAUCUUUUCAGACAGGAGAAGGAAGUGGAACACCUGACCUUCAGAAGAUGCCUUCCUUUGCAUCAAACUCAUCAAAACAUAGUUGCAAAAAUUUACUAGAGAAUGGAUACGGGAAGACAAGGAUGCUAUCAUCUGGUUCAGAGAUGAAUGGGAAAAUCCCGCGGAAGAGUAACUCUGUAAGAAAGAAGAAAUCCCAGACAAAUCCCUUGAGGUAUGUAAGCCACAAUGAGAAGAAAAAAUUGAUGUUAGGAGUGUUAAAAAAGAAUAAGAAAUUAGAGGCCAAGCCCUUAAUCAAGACCGUUUCUCCUGGAAAGCCUUGCCUGGAUGGCGCAGGUCUUCUUCAGAUGCUGUCUGAGAAAAUAUAUUUGGCAUUUCUGUUGGCAUCAAAGUAUAAUAUGGAUGACCCGGAGUGGGACAAACUCAAGAAGACCUUUGACUUCUACCCAGAGAAAUUAUGGCAAGGCCUCCCCAAUUUGGGAAACACCUGUUACAUGAAUGCAGUUUUACAGUCCUUAUUUUCGAUUCCAUCAUUUGCUGAUGAUUUACUCAGUCAGGAUUUCCCAUGGGGUAAAAUUCCCCUUGAUGCUCUGAGCAUGCGCCUGGCACAGCUGUUUGUUUUGAAAAAUGUUUAUAACCUAAAAAUCAAGGAGAGGUUACUUGUGACUAUUAAAAAAACCAUUUCGACAGUUGCAGAGAUCUUCUCUGGCAACAUACAAAAUGAUGCUCAUGAGUUUUUGGGCCACUGUUUGGUUCAGAUGAAAGAGAACAUGGAGAAAUUAAACACAAUCUGGAAGAUGAAAAUUGAAUCCGAGGAGGGCAGUUCAGCUCAACAGGUCUUUGCGGGUACUGCUGCCACCAGGGUGCUCAUCUGUCCCGUCAUCACUAAUUUUGAGUUUGAGUUGCUGCGCUCUAUUAUUUGUCAAGCCUGUGGUCAGGUAGUUCUCAAGACAGAAGUGAGUAAUUACCUCUCCAUCAACCUUCCCCAGGGAAUGAAAGCUCUCCCUGUGUCUAUUCAGUCUGCUUUUGAUCUCUUCUUCGGAGCAGAAGAACUUGAGUAUAGAUGUGAGAAAUGUCAGCACAGGAGUUCUGUCGCAGUGCACAAAUUCAGUAGGCUCCCCAGGGUUCUCAUUGUUCAUCUGAAACGUUAUAUCUUUAACGAGUUUUGGUCGCUAAGGAAGGAUGACCAGGAAGUUGUUAUUUCUAAGUAUUUAAAGUUAUCAUCUCAUUGCAAUGAAAGUACCAAACCACCUCUUCCUGUGAGCAAGAAUGCGCAUAAUAGGGACUCCCAAAUCCUAAAAGUCUUCCAGAAGAUGAGUGCUGAAAACCUUUGUCCACCAGCACUUUCCACAAAACCGACCUCAGCAUCCAGUGUUUUCCCAGUUCCACACACUGGGCCAGACAAAGAGCCUGAACCACAAAAAUGCCAGAUUCUCUCCGAAGGGUCACACGGAGAAGAGCAGAAAAAAGACCUGGGAAAAUGUUCCGGCCUGAAUACAACAGAGUCCAAACUGAUGAACCUAGGAGAUGGAGCAGUCAUUGAAAAAGAGCUAUUAGCCGCUGGCUUAAUGAUGAAUCUGGAAGAAACGUCCCAUUCUCUGAUCCACGACAAUGAAGGUAAACCCACCAGUGGUCCAGAAACACGCCUUGCAGACAAUUAUCCUCAAGAAGCGUCUGAAGAUCUAAAGCAAAAGAAGUACGAGAAGACCCCCAUGUUUGCAGAUUUGGAGAGUGUUGCUGACACCAUUGAAGAUUUUUAUGAUGGUAAGAAAAACAGAAUUUCAAAUGAAUUCCAAAAAGGGGCUGAGCCUACCCAGCAGGAUGAAAGGAUGAGGCUCUACGAACAAGCCCUUCAGCAGGCACUGCUUCAAGCCCUUUUGAAGCAACAUGCCCAGUGGUACACGGAGAACCUCAGGAAGCCUACAGACCUGAGUCUCCAGGGGGCCGAUGUGAAUUCCCUAGGUGCAUCGGGUUCCGAUGAAAACCCUGGAGACAAACAAUUUUUAGAUAUGGAGAAGACAGAAACUGAAGCCAAGAAACCAAAAGGAAAUGCCGAGAUGGACGAUCUCUACACCUAUCGGCUCGUUGGUGUUGUCAGCCAUCUCGGGCAGACCCCCAAUUCAGGCCAUUAUAUCAGCGAUGCCUAUGACUUUGAGAGGCAAGUGUGGUUCACUUACAACGAUCUCCAGGUAUCAAGUAUCCAAGAAGCUCUGAUGCAGGAGGCUAGGCUUUGCACCGGUUACAUCUUCUUUUACAUGCACAAUGAGAUCUUUGAAGAGCUGUUGAAAAGGGAAAAGAACGCUCAGUCUCGUAACACAGAGACAGUGGAGACCCCUCAGGAGAAAUAA